AUGCUGUCUCUGUGGAUCGGGGCUAUUCUUCUUUGCGGAUACCUUGUUUCCCGCGGGUUCACCUCACCCUUGUCUACAAUCCCAGGCCCGUGGUAUACUCGGUUCACAAGCCUGUGGCUUAAAUUCAAAGAGUUCACGGCAAAUCGCCGAGAGUAUGUCCACCAGAUGCACAAGAUCUACGGCCCUGUCGUGCGCCUCGGCCCCAAUGAAGUGUCCUUCACCAGCUUAGAAGCCAUCAAAGAGAUAUAUGCCUCCGGAGGCAGCGGGUACGACAAGACUGAGUACUAUGAUCUCUUCAGACAGUUCAAGACCAAACGAGGUGAGGACCCCCCAAGGAAGAUCCAACAUGCGAAAGCUGACACCCAGCAGCAUAGCAAGAGAAAACGCAUCUUUGCCGAGAGAUACGCCAUGACCAAUAUCAUGAAACCAAAACCUAUGGCUGCUAUCCACGAACGAGCCAUGACAUUUGUAUCCAAGUGUGCUGAGGCUGGCCAGGGAAGUGUGAAUGUCUACUCUUUGCUCCAUUGUUACGCCCUGGACUGCGUAACGCAUUUCAUGUUCAGCCCCGGCGGACUCAAAUCUCUGAACGUCGCCGAGGAUUUCGAGAUCAUGCACGAAUUGACUUAUCACAACAGUCUCCAGAAAAGUCUUCUGGAGUAUUACCUCCCGCAGUUAUCGCCAUACUUCCCAACCUUCCUCCACCCGCGCAGCGCCCCAAAAGCAAACCAAUACGUCCUGGACAUGGCCGCGCAGAGCGAGCACGACAACCACUCGCUAAUGGAAAAGCUCAAGCGCAAAGAAACAAAUCUUCAACUCUUGCAAGCAGCUGCAGAAUGCAAAGACCACAUGGCUGCCGGCAUCGACACAACAGGCGAUGGCCUGUGCUUCUUAAUGUGGGAGCUAUCGCAGCCUCACAACGCCAUGUUUCAGCGCCGCCUACACGAAGAACUAAUUGCUGCACCGGCUGAUGCACCCUUGGACAGCUACGUAUACCUCGACGCAGUCAUUAGAGAGGCACUGCGAUGUGCACCGCCCAUUCCGAUGUCGCUGCCUCGCUAUGUACCUGCUGGUGGAAGGGAUAUCGACGGGUUCUUCGUUCCCGAGCAUACUAUUGUCAGCUGCCAGCCAUAUUCGGUGCAUCGGGUUAAUGAGAGUGUGUUCCCCGAGCCUGGUCGGUUCAAUCCUGACCGGUGGAUUGAUGAGGAGGGGGCUGCUGAGCGGAAUAGGUUGUUCUUUUCUUUUGCUACGGGGGGAAGGGGGUGUACGGGGAAAAAUCUUGCGCUCGUCGAGAUGAAGACUCUGCUUCGGGAGGUGUAUUCUCGCUAUAGGACGACGGUGGCUUCGGAUAUGACUGCUUCUAUGGAGUUGGAUGACCAGAUUAUCUCCUCGAGGCCUAAGGGACAGUGUUGCAAGCUGGUCUUUACGGCCGUCGAGUGA